GAGGACCCCACGUGACCCGAGGGGCCCGCGGCGGAGUCGACCCCGCCCCUCGGUCCGCCGCCGGGGGGCGCAUGCGCAGCCCUUGUUAGUGAUGGAGGAGAGAAGAUGGCGGAAGCGGAAUUUAAGGACCACAGUACAACAAUGGAUAGUGAACCAAACCCUGGAGCAUCUUCAGUGUCAACAACAACCAGUAGCACAACCACUACCACCAUCACCACUUCCUCCUCUCGAAUGCAGCAACCACAGAUUUCUGUUUAUAGUGGUUCAGACCGACAUGCUGUACAGGUAAUUCAACAGGCAUUGCAUCGCCCCCCUAGUUCAGCUGCUCAGUACCUUCAGCAAAUGUAUGCAGCUCAACAGCAGCACUUGAUGCUGCACACUGCAGCUCUUCAGCAGCAGCAUUUAAGCAGUUCCCAGCUCCAGAGCCUUGCUGCUGUUCAGGCAAGUUUAUCCAGUGGAAGACCAUCUACGUCCCCCACAGGAAGUGUCACACAACAGUCAAGUAUGUCCCAGACAUCUAUCAACCUCUCUACUUCUCCUACACCUGCACAGUUAAUAAGCCGUUCCCAGGCUUCCAGUUCUACCAGCGGCAGUAUUACCCAACAGACUAUGUUACUAGGGAGUACCUCCCCUACUCUAACUGCAAGCCAAGCGCAAAUGUAUCUUCGAGCUCAAAUGCUGAUUUUCACACCCGCUACCACUGUGGCUGCUGUACAGUCUGACAUUCCUGUUGUCUCGUCAUCGUCAUCUUCCUGUCAGUCUGCAGCUACUCAGGUUCAGAAUUUAACAUUACGCAGCCAGAAGUUGGGUGUGUUAUCUAGCUCACAGAAUGGUCCACCAAAAAGCACUAGUCAAACUCAGUCAUUGACCAUUUGCCAUAACAAAACAACAGUGACCAGUUCUAAAAUCAGCCAACGAGAUCCUUCUCCAGAUAGUAAUAAGAAAGGAGAAAGUCCAAGUCUGGAAUCACGAAGCACAGCUGUCACUCGGACAUCAAGUAUUCACCAGUUAAUAGCACCAGCUUCAUAUUCUCCAAUUCAGCCUCAUUCUCUAAUAAAACAUCAACAGAUUCCUCUUCAUUCACCACCUCCCAAGGUUUCCCAUCAUCAGCUGAUAUUACAGCAACAGCAACAGCAGAUUCAACCAAUCACACUUCAGAAUCCAACUCAAGAUCCACCCCCAUCCCAGCACUGUAUACCACUCCCAAACCAUGGCCUUCCUCCAGCUCCCAGUAAUGCCCAGUCACAGCAUUGUUCACCAAUUCAGAGCCAUCCCCCUCCUCUAACUGUGUCUCCCAAUCAGUCACAGUCAGCCCAGCAGUCUGUAGUAGUGUCUCCUCCACCACCUCAUUCACCAAGUCAGUCUCCUACUAUAAUUAUUCAUCCACAAGCACUUAUUCAACCACACCCUCUUGUGUCAUCAGCUCUUCAGCCAGGGACAAAUUUGCAGCAGUCAACUGCUAAUCAGGUACAGCCCACAGCACAGCUAAAUCUUCCAUCUCAUCUUCCACUCCCAGCUUCUCCAGUUGUACACAUUGGCCCAGUUCAGCAGUCUGCCUUAGUGUCCCCAGGUCAGCAGAUUGUGUCUCCAACGUCACACCAGCAAUAUUCAACCCUACAGUCCUCUCCAAUCCCAAUUGCAACCCCUCCACAGAUGUCAACAUCUCCUCCAGCUCAGAUUCCACCACUGCCCUUGCAGUCUAUGCAGUCUUUACAAGUGCAGCCUGAAAUUCUAUCCCAGGGCCAGGUUUUGGUGCAGAAUGCUUUGGUGUCAGAAGAGGAGCUUCCAGCUGCAGAAGCUUUGGUCCAGUUGCCAUUUCAGACUCUUCCUCCUCCACAGACUGUUGCGGUAAACCUACAAGUACAACCACCAGCACCUGUUGAUCCACCAGUGGGAAUGCAUUUGAACCAGUGUCAUCUGCACAAAGUUUUUUCUCUUAAGGUAUAUCAAGUAGAAGAUGUGUGUGAAGAAGAAAUGCCAGAAGAGUCAGAUGAAUGUGUCCGGAUGGAUAGAACCCCACCACCACCCACGUUGUCUCCAGCAGCUAUAACUGUGGGGAGAGGAGAAGAUCUGACUUCUGAACAUCCUUUGUUAGAGGAAGUGGAAUUACCUGCUGUGGCAUCAGUCAGUGCUUCAGUAAUUAAAUCACCAUCAGAUCCUUCACAUGUUUCUAUUCCUCCACCUCCACUCUUACUUCCAGCUGCUACCACAAGGAGUAAUAGUACAGCUAUGCCUAGUAGCAUUCCCAACACAGAAAACAAGCCUCCACAGGCUAUUGUUAAACCACAGAUCUUGACUCAUGUUAUUGAAGGCUUUGUGAUUCAGGAGGGAUUAGAGCCAUUUCCUGUGAGCCGUUCAUCCUUGCUAAUAGAACAACCUGUGAAAAAAAGGCCUCUUUUGGAUAAUCAGGUGAUAAAUUCUGUUUGUGUUCAGCCAGAGCUACAGAAUAAUACAAAGCAUGCAGAUAAUUCUUCAGACACAGAGAUGGAAGACAUGAUUGCUGAAGAGACAUUAGAAGAAAUGGACAGUGAGUUGCUCAAGUGUGAAUUCUGUGGGAAAAUGGGAUAUGCUAAUGAAUUUUUGCGGUCAAAAAGAUUCUGCACUAUGUCAUGUGCCAAAAGGUACAAUGUUAGCUGUUCUAAAAAAUUUGCACUUAGUCGUUGGAAUCGUAAACCUGAUAAUCAAAGUCUUGGGCAUCGUGGUCGUCGUCCAAGUGGCCCUGAUGGGUCAACAAGAGAACAUAUCCUUAGGCAGCUUCCAAUUACUUAUCCAUCUGCAGAAGAAGAUUUGGCUUCUCAUGAAGAUUCUGUACCAUCUGCUAUGACAACUCGUUUGCGUAGGCAGAGUGAGCGGGAGAGAGAACGUGAGCUUCGAGAAGUAAGAAUUAGGAAAAUGCCUGAGAACAGUGACUUGCUACCAGUUGCACAGACAGAGCCGUCUAUAUGGACAGUUGAUGAUGUCUGGGCCUUCAUCCAUUCUUUACCUGGCUGUCAGGAUAUUGCAGAUGAGUUCAGGGCACAGGAGAUUGAUGGACAGGCCCUUCUUUUGCUAAAAGAAGACCAUCUCAUGAGUGCAAUGAAUAUCAAGCUAGGCCCAGCCCUGAAGAUCUGUGCACGCAUCAACUCUUUGAAGGAAUCUUAAUAAGAACAUGAAACUUUGAUAUAACGCCAGUUUUACUCUUUAUAAACAGACUUGUAAGGUAAAGGCUUAAGUUGGCCUAGGACAUUACACUUACGAUAGAUGGCCAAGCACAUUGGAAUCUCCACAUCAAGUGUUGACAUUUCUUCUACAGAUGUAAUUACUCAUCAUACAUUUUCAUAGUUAAUUAACAUUAGUAAAAUUGAUUUUACAGGUUACAUGCAACAUUGAAAGAGCUGUUAUAGAUGGUCAUGAUAUUUUUCAAAGAAACAUGUUAUACUAGAUCAUUUUUAAAAGUGAUGUUUAUCAUUAAUAUAAAGAAUUCUUUUGAAAGUAAAUUAAUGAUUUAUAUUUCUCCUCUUUUGAUUCAGUUUUCUCAUACAUUUUUUUACCCUAUUCAUUUUCUAAAGGUUGUCAUAAAGAUACGAAGUGACUUAGGAGUCCAGUGAUGGGAUAAUAUGCAUUGAAAUAUCAGUUUGCAUUUUUAAAAAUGUCUUUAGACAAAUGCUGUAAGAAAGGAUUGUGUUCUGUAUAAAUGAUAGUGCUCUGGAGGUCAAAAGAGUUGAUUUCUAUCCUGGGCAAUUUGGCUUGCCUGACAAAUUUUCCUCUCAGUUUUUGUACAUUUAGAGCAAUGCUUCUUUAUAAAAGGUUGGUUUGCUCCCCAGAGGAUAUUUGCCAACAUCUAGAAACAUUUUGGUUGUCACAGAUCAGAGAUGAGUUUGGGUGAGGUUGCUACUGAUACCUAGUAAGAGACCAGAGUUGUUACUAAAUGUCUUACAAUGCACAGGAUAGCCCACCACAGCAAAGAAUUAUCUAGUCAAAAAUGCCACCAGUGCCAAGGUUGAGAAACAAUGAUAAGGAAGGAAUAAAAAAUGUUAACUCUUUCACUUAAAGGAAUAUUUUUAAGAGACGACUCAUAAUGAGACAUACAUGUAUAAUGGAAGUAUUAUUCAGAUAGCAUUAAUGUUCUGCUGAAGUAUUUUUCCAGUUUAUUAUGCAGAAUAGAAAAAGGGGAAAAAAAUCCAUAAACUUGGUCUAUCAAAUAAACACUGGCUUACAGUCUGACACUCAGUACUGAUUCAUAUUAGUUAUCUUUUGUAGUUCUGUGCUUCUCUGCACUGAUGAAGGCAUAAUAUAAUUACACUUAUGAACCAGGGCACCAUUUUCUGGCAAGGAAGUUUUGUAGUGGAUAUGUGAUUGCACUUUGGAUUCUUCUAGUUUUGAACAUGCUGAGUCUGACUAGAAUGCACAUUCCUUUUUCUUUUACUAAAUCUUUGCAUGCUUCCUGCAAAAUACUUACCAAGUGAUUUCUCUUGGAUGAUCAGAUCUAACUUAGAAAAACUAUAAAGUGAAACUUUUCACUAACUUUUCAGUUAAUUUUCUAUAGCAUCAGGACACUAAAAAAGAAAUUGUGGAGUCCUGACAGCUUUAUAAUCCUGGAUGUCAAAUGUUUUAUUUGAGAAGAUUGUGAAAGUUUCAGUCAUUUCCUAUAUCUUAUCUUUACAUGUGAUUGAAGGAAAAUACACUGAUAUUUGGCCACCAAGUUCAUUAAGUGAAAACAAAGAGAGUUCAUGAGUUUCAGUCAUUUCACUGCUCUUUUCAAAAAGAUUGUGUUGAGCUAGUAAAAAACUAAAGAUGUCACAGGACAUCACAGAUAUUUAUCUUUUGGCUUUGUGUACAUUAGAAAAUGUUGAUUAUUUUUAUACAAAAAUAUAGCGGGUAAUUUUUUUAAUCUUUAGAUGCCUCUUGUUUGAAUGUAUGCUUUGUGGGAUUCUUUGUGUAGUUGUUUUUAAAAAAGAUGUUUACUGAUAGUCAUGUGUAGGAUUAGAAUGUGUAAUAUAAUGGAAUGCUCACUUUCCAGACCCACAAUAGCUUGUAGUCUAUGUUACAUAUUUCUUUGUAUCACAAUUUUAAUUAUUGGAUUGAAGUUUCAAGGAAAGGUAGGUACUCUAUGAUCAAUUUUCAUUAGUUAGUAGUUAAUCAUCAGGACAUAAUUGUCAUGUGCUUUUCCCCUCAUUUUGCAAUUUCAGAACAUAAACAUAUACUAAGCAGUAUUAAGAGAUUGCCCACUGUGUAGAGGGAGGGAGGCUCAAAGGAAAAUCUCCCCUGGAAUUAAAACUUUAUUGUAGGUAAUCCACAAUUAAUAUAAAAUCCAUUUUUCAGGGAUAAGCUCCUCUAGCAAUAAUAAUUAUUGACCUCCCAUAACUAUUUUGUCUGUAGCCUUUUGGGUAUUAACUUUGAACUAUGUUGAAAGUUCCUUUUAUUUUCUUCCUCUACUAAUGUAAGUUGUUCUGUAUUGGAAAGCCUGUGCCCAGCACUAUCUUACAUAUCCAGAAGGAGCUUAUGAGAGGAGUUUCUAUUGGAGAACACCUACUUAUAAUCCUUAUAAAUUCUGUUGUCCCCACUCAAAGCAUAUCCAAAAAAUAUACUUGCUUUUUUCAAGUCAUUUGAUUUAUAAGUGGUUCAUUUGCUAUCAACUGGUAGUUCUCCCAUUGAUGCAGCUAUUUCUUCUAGAUGAUUUAGUCAUCUUAAUUUCAAAGCUUAAGUUAUAGAUAAUGGAUGUAUAUGACACUGAGCAUGCACCUCUCUCCUGAGGUUUAGGCAGCUGCAGUAUGGUAUAUGUAGGGAGAGUCCUAUUAUUCUCUUUUCCUUUCAUAUUACUGAGUGUUUUAGGGUUUUGACUGGAGAGAAGGAAUAAUAAGCAAAAGGGAACAUGGGGGAUUCUUCUUAUUUUUUGCAACCUAAAUUUGCAUUCUCUAACUUCUUUAUACUGUUGCACUCUUUUCCCAUUGGGGGAAAAAAAAAGACCAUAAUUUUGAAAUGUUAGUAGCUUUAAGCUUUGUGUUCCUUGUCAAAAACCUGAAAGAGCUGGUUUUUAAAAAUGUUAUUUUUCUAUGACAUUAGUAUUCAUCAGCCUUGUGUAGACACAUGUAAAACACAGCUUGCAGCUUUGAUACAAUCAGUACAGUAUAAGACAGAGUUGUUGUCAUCCUUUGGUGGCAUAUAACUUUUUAAAAUUCUGUUUUAAAGAACUGUGGAGUUCUUUAAACAGAACUUUUAAGUCCAAGUUUAAGGGCCACCUAGGGAUAGAGAAGGCAGAAUGGAAUUAAAGAAAUGUUAAUCAACAAGCUUGAGAAUGGGAAAGCCGCAGACUAGGACAUCUGCCAAUUUUGUUAGUUUAGCCCAUUUCAACACUGAACAGAUUUCCGUACCUUUGAUAUUAAUAUUCACAUUUUACCUAAUUUAAAAUAGAAGUGAUAUUUUAAAAGAUAUUCCACUGUUUAAUUUUGCUUCCUGGUAUGUGGAAACACUCAGAACUUUAUGAAACAGGUAUUACUGUGACCACGCCUUUGAAUAAUUUUUGACAUAGCUAAUCAUACAAUGUGUGAAACAUUAUAAUAAGACAUUUAUUCACAAAUGUAAGUCUUGGAUUGACGUCUGUUUCAUAGUACUCCAGCUCUCACUGGCUUGUUCAGAUAAGUUUCUUAAAGCCUAGUGUCUAUAUUUUCAAGGUUUUGGUAACCACCAACACACAAAUAUAGUAGGGAGGUAAUGGAGUUGUAUAGUCUUAAGCUAUGCUUUUGUGUGUAUUAAUUUGGGAAAGAAUAAACUAUUACAGAUGAAAGUGAAUGAAGCUGGCAUUACUGCUAUGUCCAGUGGGUAAAAUCCCUGACUGGAAACCCUUAAAAUAUUUUAAAGAUAAAUUUUCAACCAGAAGAUGCUGGUUAUAUUUUGGGGUUCAAAGACUCUCAUUCUUGGUGAGUGGCACAAAUGCAUGCUGCCUACUGGUACUGAGCACUAGCUGAUGACCUGAAAGCACCUCACCUUACUUCCUCCCCUAAAGCCUCCAGCCCCCCAAAAUCUGCACAAAAACUUUCUUCUUAGAUCUCUGCUUGAAAACCCUUAGGGAGGAUUUUGCAGUGGGGCCGAUUUUAGGGGAGUGGGUGGCUUGGGAAGGCCUAACCUAACAGUUAUGUUUUAGUGGAAACUGGCCUUCUAUGCACAUAGUUAGCUCACUCUGUGUAGCCAGUUGUGCCCUAAAGGUUUCAGGUGGGUGGGAGAAGUGAAGGAGGAGACAAAAUAGGAAGAAAGGCAUUCUAUAACCAAAGGGAUAUAGCAGAGUUAACUGCAUGAAAUCAUCUGAUGUAAAGGUGGCUUCAUCAAUAAUAGUUCAAGAUAAUAAAUUAUAAUUAUUUGAUCCCCAUUUUAAUGAUGUAUGGGUUUGUUUUAGUCUUUUCAUCUCUGAACAAAACCCUCGAAUAACAACUUAGGAAAAGUUUGUUUUGGCUCAUAGUUUCAGAGAUUCUGUCCAUGGCUGGCCAACUCCAUAGCUCUGGCCUCCAUGUGAAACAACAUCAUGGCAAAAGGAUAUGGCAGAGAAUAGCAGCUCAGAACAUGGCAACCAGGAAGCAGAGAGCGAGCGAGCACUAUGCACUAUGUUCACUAGGGACAAAAGAGAAACUCCGAAGGCACACCCCCAGUGACAUACUUCCUCCAGCUACACCCUGCCUACUUAGUUACCACCCAGUUAAUGCAUAUCAGUGGAUUAAUCCACUGAUUAGGUUACCCUUCAUAAUGUAAUCAUUUUGCUUCUGAAAAUUUUUGCAUUGUUUCACACAUGAGUUUUUGGCUCAUAUAUAAGCCAUAA